AUGAAGUUCUUUACCCCGUCUCCGACAACCCUUGGAUUCCUCCUACUUCUGGCCAACCCAACCAGCCUUGUCAACGCUGAGUGCUCAGACGUCCACGUCGUCUUCGCUCGUGGAAGUGGUGAAGCUGCUGGUCUAGGCAUCUGUGGCGAACCUUUCGUCAGUGGGAUCACCUCGAACCUCUCUGGCAUGAGCGUGUCUUCCUACGCGGUUAACUACCUCGCCUCUAUGGACCAGACGAGUGCCGGUCCUGGUGCGACCGACAUGACAAACCACGUUGUGUCUGUGGCAAAGGAGUGUCCCGACACAGUUUUCGUGCUUGGCGGCUACUCUCAAGGUGCCAGUGUCACCGACAUCUCAAUCGGUAUCAAGACGACGCUCGGCUCGGGCGACACCAUCCCCGAGUCUCUGUCCUCUCGCAUCAAGGCGAUUGUGACGUUCGGCAAUCCGCUCAAACUAACGGGCGGCACUAUUGAAAGCAGUAGCUCCACCUACAGCUCCAAGGCUAUUGAGUUCUGCAACCAGGGCGACCCCGUAUGCGGCAAUGGUGCCAAUACGAUGGCGCAUCUCACGUACCCGACCGAUGGCAGUGUCACCUCCGCCGCUGAGAAGGCUGCUGCGCUUGUCAAAGGCGGUGCACGCACCCUACGCGGCUAG